AUGAAUUAUCUUAACGGUCUAUCUUACGACAGUGGAACAUAUGUAUGGCUUAAAACCUUUGAGGAAUUAGAAAGGUUUGUUCUAGAAGCACUAAACUUGAAAGGCAAGUGGAAAUCCCCUGGAGGCGACGUUAAAGUUUUCAAAAGCGAAGGAGAAGGGGAAUAUAUGAUUAAAUGGCGCGGUCCUCGUUCGAAAAAGCUGGUUAUACAGAGUGAUGAUGCUGAAGAGAAUCUAAAGUUGAAGCUCGAAAGCUUGAUAAAUCGGGACCCGAAAGAUGUAAAUCCCUCAUGCGAAGCAUCAACGAAAGAGGUUUUUAGUAGUGUUAAUGAGCUGACUGAACCAUCUGUAUCGCAGUUUGAUGGCUUGAAAGCAGAUAUUGCUACCCUAGUUGACAUUACGAGUGAUCUAAUAACUGAAAUUAACUCUAUGCGAUCUAAACAAAAAGACUUUGAGUCUGUUAUUCGCAAGCAAGACAGCGAGAUAUGUAGACUUAGCGAAGCAAAUUUGCUCCUUGCGUCAAGCUUGCGGUCUCUUGGGAAUUCAACAUUCAAAGUAAUGAAUAUCAAUCCUAUGACCAACAGUCCCACUAAUAGUAUGAGAAAUACCACCUUUAAUGACCCUACAACUACUGAUAAGGAUCCGCCAAUUGACUCUAACAUAUACACCUCCCAUACCAUUGGACCAACUUUAUUCAAUGAAUUUAAUAUCUACGACGAGUUUAGGAAUAUAGCAAGUGACCGGCCUAGCGUUCUAAACUCCGACUUAAAUCAGUCAACUGAAGACAUUAUAAAUAUAUCCCAUAAUGAAACUGAUAUACAUAAUGAGUCAGUUCUUAUUGUUAAAGAUCAACCUGGCGUCUCGAAUACCGAUCUCCUAAAAAACUGCACACUAACUGAAGCUACUAAUCUAAAUAAAGCCAGUAAAACUAAGUCAACAACGGGUAUAUUUAAUACCAGCACAUCUCGAUUAG